UUCCGAGACAAAGCGUCGCCGCGCCGGGCGUGUAACUGCAACAGGUUCACUUUGCCCUGUACCUGAGCCCGGAUUCUUUGUCGCCUACUUUCCCCAGCCCGUAGCGCCAUCUUUGCUGUACCACUCCAGACUCGACCAUGGCCGUCUCUAUGCUGCACGCUCCGUCGCGAGCAUCUACAUCCUCGUCGUCGUCCUUCGCACCCGUGUCCCGCCAAAACACAAUGUCCUCACACGACGGCUCGCGCUCGGUGCGCCAGUCGAAGCGCUAUUCCGUCACGGCCCUGUACCUGUCCAUGUCUGCAAAAGAUAAGGAGCUAGAAAUUGAGGAUGAUUUAGCCAAAGCCCAGAAGAUACUACGAGAACUCAAGGCCAAGAUCUCGUCGCAGUCGAAAAAGAACUUUGUCCUGGAAAAGGACGUGCGAUAUCUCGACUCCCGGAUAGCUCUGCUUAUCCAAAACCGCAUGGCAUUGGAAGAGCAAAAUGAAGUCGCGGACCACCUCGGAGAUGGCAUGGACUUGCAGGAAGGCUUCUUUCCCAACGACGACAAGACCCAGAAAUACGGCAAUUUGCUCUUCCUCCUUCAAUCCGAGCCACGACACAUCGCGCAUCUUUGUCGUCUCGUAUCCAUGGCAGAAAUCGACGCCCUGCUUCAGACCGUCAUGUUUACAAUCUACGGAAAUCAAUAUGAGAGCCGCGAAGAACACUUGCUCCUGACCAUGUUUCAGUCUGUACUCACGUACCAGUUCGAUAACACGCCAGAUUAUAGCUCGCUUCUGCGCGCCAACACCCCCGUCUCUCGCAUGAUGACCACGUAUACUCGCCGAGGACCGGGCCAGAGCUAUCUCAAGGUGGUUCUGCAGGACAGCAUCAACUCGCUGAUUGAGCUCAAGGAUCUUGAUCUCGAGAUCAACCCACUCAAAGUGUACGAAAAGAUGGUUGCCGAGCUCGAAGUGCAGGGCCAACUACCAGCCGAUCUUCCCAAGGGUGUGACUGCUGAGCAAGCGGCGGAAAACGCGACCGUGCAGCAGAUCAUUGCGCCGCGCUUGAACAUGCUCAUGGAGAUUGCCAACAACUUCCUUACUACCAUCAUCAAAGGCCUUGAGGAGACACCUUAUGGCAUUCGAUGGAUUUGCAAGCAGAUUCGCAGCUUGUCACGGCGAAAGUACCCUGACGCGCAGGACCAGACUAUUUGCACGCUCAUCGGCGGCUUCUUCUUCCUCCGCUUCAUCAACCCCGCCAUUGUCACACCGAGAUCAUACAUGCUCAUUGAUGUUCUACCGGCCGAAAACCCGAAGCGUACACUGACAUACAUCGCAAAGAUGCUACAGAAUCUGGCCAACAAGCCGUCCUACGCAAAAGAACCAUACAUGGUCAAGCUACAGCCCUUUAUUCACCAGAACAAGGAACGAAUUAAUAAAUUCCUCCUGGAUCUUUGCGAGGUGCAGGACUUUUACGAGAGCCUGGAGAUUGACAACUACGUUGCCUUGUCAAAGAAGGAUCUUGAACUUUCCAUUACGCUCAAUGAGGUGUAUGCGACGCAUUCGCUAUUGGAACGGCAUGCUGCAGAACUCGCAAAGGACGACAACUCGCAUUUGGGAGUCAUUCUCCAAGAACUUGGACCUGCCCCGGCACAGCUCCCGCGAAAGGAAAAUAGGGCCAUCAAUCUACCGUUGUUCAGCAAGUGGGAGACGCCACUGGACGAUUUCACUGCAGCACUUGAUAUCACACAAGAAGAGAUCUUCUUCAUGGAGGCCAAGUCGACGUUUGUCAUGAUGCUCCGCUCACUCCCGUCGAAUACGUCCAUCACACGAAGACCAUUGAGGCUCGACAAGAUCGCCGAAGCGGCUGCAACGACAAAGAACGAUUCAAUCAUGGUAAAGAAGGGCAUUCGCAGCAUGGAGUUGCUUAGCCAGCUUCAAGACUUGGGUGUCAUCGAUAAAGAAGACGGCUUCUCACUACUCAGGGACGAGGUCGAGCAGGAAUUAGUACACUUGGGCUCCAUGAAAGACAAGGUCAUUGAGGAGACGCGAAAGCUCGACGAAGUCUUCCGCACGAUCCGGGAUCACAAUGGCUUCUUGGUUGGUCAGCUCGAGACGUACAAGUCGUACCUCCACAACGUGCGCAGUCAAUCAGAGGGCAAAACACGGAAACAGCAAAAGCAUCAGGUUCUGGGCCCAUACAAGUUUACCCACCAGCAACUUGAGAGAGAGGGCGUGAUCCAGAAGAGCAAUGUGCCGGAAAAUAGGAGAGCCAACAUCUACUUCAACUUCACGAGCCCACUGCCAGGGACCUUUGUCAUCUCACUGCACUACAAGGGCCGUAACCGCGGCCUCCUCGAACUCGAUCUGAAGUUGGACGAUCUUCUCGAGAUGCAAAAGGACAACCAGGAAGAUCUCGACCUCGAGUACGUACAGUUCAACGUGUCCAAAGUCUUGGUCCUUCUCAACAAGCGAUUCGCACGGAAGAAGGGAUGGUAGAUUCGCCUCCUCCAAGCUCGCGACGCGCCACGAAAAAACAACGAUACCCCCGAUUUUUACUAUGUAUUCCCCGCUGUUUGACGCCCCAUCCGACCCGACGUACGCACGUA